UAGCAAAGGGUUUGUUUUGGUUUCUUCACGUGUGUUUAAUUAUUUUUAUAAAAUUUGUUAAUCAACCGAGCCAGCAGUGAGUAUUUCCAGAAUGAAAGUUGCAAUUGACGACGUUGUACUGCCAGGUGACGUUUGUGAAGACAUCAUAAAAGCCGGCGAAAAGAGCAGAGUGAUCCUCGGGCCUGGCCUGCGGAAAGAACUAGACAAAAUAUUUAUCACAAAACCUGGAGUUCUGAGGAAACGAGCGCCAAACACUUACUGGGUGGACAGCUACCAGAAGCGAUACGUUCCUUCGCGAGGGGAGAAUGUUAUAGGUGUUGUUGUUCAGAAGGCUGGAGAUGUGUUCCGCGUUGAUGUUGGAGGCAGUUGUACGGCCACACUUUCCUACUUAUCCUUUGAAAAUGCCACAAAAAAGAAUAGACCAGAAGUUCAGAUAGGCGACAUUGUGUAUGCCAAAAUGCUAGUGGCAAGUAAAGAUAUGGAACCCGAGAUUGUGUGUGUGGACUCAAAUGGGAAGAAGGGUCGUUUAGGAGUUCUCAAUGAAGGCUUUGUCUUUAAAUGCUCCAUAAAUCUAGUUAGAAAAAUAUUAAAUCCAAAUUGCCCAUUACUAAAUUCUCUGAAAAACGAAUGGCCGUUUGAACUGGCCGCAGGCAUGAACGGGAGAAUUUGGAUAAAAGCAAACUCCAUGAGAGAAACAAUAGCGGUAGGAAAUGCUAUCCUAGGAUGUGAAUAUCUAAAUAGUGAUGAAAUCAAGAGCAUGUGUGUGAAUAUUGCUAGCAUUCUUGCUGGACAUGUCUCAUAAAAUGCUUGCAAUAAAUGUUAUUUUACACAA